AUGGUACGGAGGGGUUUCGCAGCGGACGCUGCCUUUACUAAGAAGAACAUGAUCACCUUCAAAGUUGGUCAUGGAGGCAAGGCCGUGUUCCUGGUUCCUGAGGACCGCAUUCGUGCCUCGUCCGAGUUCGUCGACGCAGCGAUGAGAGGACCGUGGCAAGAAUCGCAAGAGCGUGUCAUCACCCUGCCAGAGUUCGACAGAGACACCUUCGGUAUCUACUUCGAGUGGCUUGUUACAGGCGUCGUUCACAGCAAAUUCGGUCCCGCCGAUGGGAAUGAUCGUUCGAUUGAGCUCAAAAACUUAUAUCUGGAAAUGCUUCAUCUACCUCGGUUAUGUGAUCUGGGUCACUUCUUAAUCGACACUGAUUUUAGAGACACUCUCAACGAUAUUCUCCUACAAUGCGCUAGCGAGGCUAAGGGAACGUCGAUCACGCUCCCGCCCAGUUUCGGUUCUAGGUUCUACGAAAAAACACCAGAAGGCUCGCCAACUAGAAAGCUUGUCGCAGAUCUUGUUGCCGGGGGCAUUGAACAAUACCACCUCAAGAAGCUCGGAAUGAAUCCAGAUAAUAUGCAUUCUGACUACAUCAUGGAUCUUCUUCUUGCCAUGUCUGUAAGGCUUGAUACUUGGUCUAGUGUAUCACCACUGCGUGGCUGGCAGACGAGCUGCAAGUACCAUUGUCACGGCGACGAGAAGCCUUGCUACAGGAAGAAAGCCGGCACGUCUCGCACUACCACAACGAAACGCCCAGCUCCCGACGACACACAGUCACCAGACGCAAAGCGACGUGCUUGA